AUGUUUGAAGAAGAGAACUUUCAUGCGGCCGCUCGUAUGCUCCUUAAGCGAGAAGGGGUGCUAGAUCCUCGCAUCCUGUUUUUGCCAGAUUGGUUCACAGGUUGGUCGCCGUUCUGCGCCACAGUAUGUCUCGCGCAAGUUAAGGCUAGCGGAGCUGAUGCCAUACUUUUUCAUUUUUAUUUUAUCGUGUGGAGGUCUAUGCGUGUUAUUUACCGUAUUUAGUGUAUUUAAUUUUCAAUCUAGAAAGAUGCAGAAGUCGAUGCACAACAUGUGCGUUGUAGUACUCGAACGAUCCUGCGUGCUGGGGUCUCUCAAUUUCAGUGAGAAACUAGAUCUAAGCAAGGCGGAAAAAGCUCGAGCCACCAGGCGCUUCUGGAAGAGAUGGUGCGAUUUCUCAGCGAUACAAUUGUAUGCGAGCGAGACGGUGACCCAUCAAGAACGACAACAAAAAUCAGCAGCAACUUUGUCGCUCGUGCGAAUCUGGCUUAUCGCGCUGUUCUCAAGCGACUUCUCAUUUCAAUUACGCUUGUUCACACGUAAAAAAACUUAUCUAUCGCUUCUGCUGUUUGCAUUGGCAACAUUGUGAUCUGUCAUGCUAAAAGAAUACAACUCGAAUUUCUUGAAUUGAUUAUUGCACUCAUCCUGCAUCGACGUGACACGACGACAGCACUGUCGUGCGUGAUGAAGCAGAAUAAAGUAUGCAUAUGGUUAAUUGGGAUACUCGCUAUAAGACUGAAGUACUAUGGCCAGGACGUCUUACGCUCUUCUUCUAGUUCUAACACAAGAGGAAGUGGCAGUCGUGCACCACUCGGGAAAACGCUAGUCAGUCGUGCAGAAGCAGCUGUGGGACAGUCAGCACCUGAACCUGUGUGUGCAGUAGAAAAAAUGGCUCGCGACGCGGAAGUGAAAGCUGGACGACCUGCUUUCAUGCAGAAAAACUUGGAUCUCAUCGACAAAUUUGAAGAACAAGAGCAGGCGCGUAUGAAUGUGUUGACGACAACAUCAAGGUUAUCAAAAAUGGACCACGACAACGCACCAGAUGGAACAACAACAAAUAGAAUGGACCACACAUCAGCAGAUAGUAGAAAGUCAUCUGAGCAGUCAUCGCAAGCAAAGUCAAACUCGAAGAGAAAUACAGGAACAGCUUCUAGUACUAAAACCAAAAAUACAACUACUACAACUAAAAAAGCCCCUGGUUGGAGGACUGAGGCCGCAGCUAGUUUAUGGGCAGCCAACGCUGAGUAUGUAGCGCAAAUUCUUCUUCAAAUGGACUUGGCGUGGCACAAGGUCCACGUUGAGGCUAAAAAGGAAAGCGGUCUAUCCGAUCACUGCUCUGAGGAAGAUGAAGAUGAUAAUUACUUUGACGACGACGAGCAGUCCUUCAGCAGUGGGAGGACAAUGUUGAGUAUGAGAACAUAUUCUCGUUCCGAUUUCAUCCGCGACGACGACUACUACUUGCGGCCAUUAUGAAAGGCAGUUGUAGUUCUAUCUUAAUUUUUUCUUUCAUUAUGAUCGUCCUUGACUAAUGUCCUGUUGCUGUUGUUGGUACUGUUCGUCUAAGAAAGUGGACUUUCAUUUCGAUUUCCCCUGUCCGUUCUUCGAAAGAGGAAAAGGGAAACAACACAGAACCUUGCAUGAUAUUAUGCAGUCGCUCAAGCGGACGCGGACACGAUGAUGAAUUUUUUCUAGAUUACACAUUUACACCAGCUAACUCUAACACCAGCUACUCGCAAUUUUCUCUACGAGGGCGUUAUGGCCUCGCUUGAAGAGAAAGGCGUCGUGCCUCUGGACAUUGAGCAAUACUACACGAGCAAGAGCAGCAGUAGCAGCAAAAGCAAUAAACCCGCUCCAGCAGAAGUUUCUGUCGUAGACGAUGAACGAGUUAUGCUUGUUCACACAGGCCUGUGGCAGAUCGCAUCAUAUCAACUGUGGCAAGACCUCAAGCAUCUUUUUCCCAACGCAGAUGCUCCAGUAGAUGUAGUCCUCCAAAGACAUCCUCCUUUUGCGGAUCAAGGUUCUCUUCGUCUAUUGAUUUCACGAACAGUAUCAGUAAUAUCAUGAAGAAAUACGAUAUAUAGCGGAUCAAGGUUCUCUUCGUCUAUUGAUUUCACGAACAGUAUCAGUAAUAUCAUGAAGAAAUACGAUAUAUAGCGGAUCAAGGUUCUCUUCGUCUAUUGAUUUCACGAACAGAAGCCUCUGGGCACAAGUAGCAAGACAGAAGCCAGAGCUUCAACGUUCAACAACAGGAACAACAGGAACAGUCGGCCGACCACUAACAAUCCAACAACAAGCUAGACAGGCGGGUAGAUCACGUCUGGGAAAUCUUAGGCAGCUCGCCGAAUAGAUUCAAAUCAUCAUAUAGCGGAUCAAGGUUCUCUUCGUCUAUUAAUUUCACGAACAGUAGUAUCAUGAAGAAAUACGAUAUAUAGCGGAUCAAGGUUCUCUUCGUCUAUUAAAAACAGUAUCAUGAAGAAAUACGAUAUAUAGCGGAUCAAGGUUCUCUUCGUCUAUUAAUUUCACGAACAGUAAGAUCAUGAAGAAACUGAAAUACGAUAUAUAUUAUCCCGAAUAUGUUGUCCUUGUCGAUCUCGAUGUGACAACUCAUAGUAACGACUUUGUUC